AUGCUGCGCCAGAACCGGGAGCUGCGGCGGCGCAUGGAGGAGGAGCAGGCGUCGUACCGCCGCCGCCUCGACACCUACCGCCAGGCGCAGCAGCACCAGGCCGCGCUGGUGAGCCGCCUGCAGGCCAAGGUGCUGCAGUACAAGCAGCGCUGCUCCGAGCUGGAGGGCCACAUGGAGGACACGCUGGCGCCGCCGCGGCCGCCCUCGGCACUGGAGGAGCGCGAGCGCGAGCGCGUGCUGGACCUGGACACGGCCCUGCUCCGGCUGGAGGACGAGCGCCGCAAGUGCGACAAGUCGAUGCAGCUCAACCUGGCGCUGCGGGACCAGCUGGAGGAGGCGCACCAGACCAACGAGGCGCUCACCUCGGACCUGCAGAAGCUGUCCAACGACUGGGAGGCGCUGCGCGAGGAGAUGCUGGUCAAGGAGGAGGAGUGGAAGGAGGAGGAGCAGGCCUUCAACGACUACUACACGACGGAGCACGCGCGGCUGCUGACGCUGUGGCGCGACGUGGUGGCCGUCAAGCGCCUGUUCGUGGACAUGCAGGCCAGCACGCAGCGCGACCUGCAGGGCCUGCGCGCCGACAUGACGCUCUCCACCAGGGAGAUGACGAGCGCCUGCUCCGCGCUGGCGGGCGGCGCGCGCCGGGAGGCUAGCGAGGACCGGCAGCAGAGCGAGCGCGAGAUCGCCGAGCUGCGCGCGCAGAUCCAGGCCCUGCGCGCCUCGCACGACGCCGCCCUCACCGAGGUCAAGCACAAGGACGAGCGCGUGCAGGCCCUGGUGCGCGAGGUGCAGGCCCUGGAGGAGCGCUGCGGCGAGGCGGAGGCCGGCCUCGGCCAGGUGACCCGCAUGCAGGAGGAGGUGGAGCUGCUGCAGGGUGCGCUGCGCGACAUUGCGCACGCCGUGAUCCAGGACGCGGACGGGCGCGACGUGGACGCCGUGAUGCUGUCGCCGUCGCAGCACGUGCACCUGACGCCGCCCGGCCCCGUGCCGCCGCGCUCCCCCAAGCGCGGCCAGCAGCGCGCGCACACCUCGCCCGCCUUCGCCGAGGGCACCAUCUCGGCCGUGCAGGCCGCGCUGCACAAGUACCAGCUGCACAUCCACGAGCUGCAGGUGAAACUGGAGGCCAGCAAGGAGCAGCUGCAGAUGGUGCGCAAGCAGACGGAGGCGUCCGAGUGCUCGCAGCAGUCGCUGGAGGCGCGCGUGGCCGAGCUCACCGUGCAGCUGGACGCGUCCAAGGCGCGCUGCACGCAGCUGCUGCAGGAGAAGGACCUGCUCAUCAAGUCGCUGGACUCGGUGCGCGCCGAGAAGUGCGCGCUGGACAAGAACCGCCUGGAGAUCAACGCCAUGAUCGACACGCUCAACGCGGACUAUGAGAAGAUGCAGAAGAACAACAACCGCCUGCAGAAGCUUCUGGACAACAUGGAGGACGAGAAGAUCUUCCUGCAGAGCGAGCUGGACCGCCUCAACAAGGACGCGGAGAUGCGGGAGAUGAGUCUGCGGACCGAGGAGGGCCGCGGCAGCCGCCUCCGCGAGGAGCUGCUGACGAUCCGGGAGGAGCUGAGCAAGGCCCACCUGGCGCGCGAGGUCCUCGAGCAGCACAAGGACGACUCGGAGAGCGUCAUCGCGCAGAUGGAGAAGUCCAAGGGCGACCUGGAGCUGGAGCUGGAGCGCGUCCUCAUGGAGCGAGCGGACCUGCAGGAGAGCCUGCUCAAGACGGAGAGCCUGGCCAUGGGCAUCGAGGCGGACAAGAAGCGCCUGCAGGACGACCUGCGCACGCUGGAGGAGGAGCGCGCCGCGCUGCAGGGCCAGGUGGCGGACCAGAACAGCGACCUGGGCUCGCUGCGCAAGGAGCUGCUCCAGGCCGAGCAGACGCGCCUCGACCUGGAGGCGGACAAGGCGGCCCUGCAGGAGAAGUGCAAGUUCCUGGACAUCGAGAAGGAGAAGACCGAGAUCGAGCUGGGACAGGUGUCCCGCGAGCGCAGCGACCUGAGCCACCAGCUGGGCGCGGUGGCCCGCCAGAAGGAGGCCCUGUCCGAGGAGCUGGGCCGCGUGCGGCAGCGCCUGGAGCAGGCCAGCGAGACCAACGCCCGCCUCAACCACAGCCUGGAGGACCUGGUCAAGGACUGCGAGGAGAAGCAGGUGGUGCUGGAGGCCAACGACAAGGACAUCCAGCGCCUGCAGGAGCAGCUGGCGUCGCUGCGCAGCGAGAAGGAGGCGCUGGAGGCCGUGCUCUUCGACGCGCAGACGGGGCUGGAGGCCACGGACAACAAGCGCGCCAAGCUGGAGAAGGAGAACCAGGAGCUGCUCGUCAAGCAGGAGGGCCUCAAGGGCCAGAUCGCGCGCCUCACCAAGGACCUGGAGAACUCGGAGAAGCGCGCCAGGGAGAUGCGGGCGUCGCUGCUGCAGGCCGCCAACAACGCGGAGGCCGAGUUCCAGGCGCAGCUGGCCAGCCUCAAGAAGGGCGGCGAGGAGGCCGUGCGGAAGCUCACCGACGAGAGGGAGCAAGUGCGGGCGGCGCUGGAGAAGCGGCUGCAGUCCACGGUCGCGCAGCUGACGGCCGAGAAGGAGGCCGAGGUGGCAGCGCUGCAGGAGAGGAUCGAGACGGUGCAGCAGCACCUGGAGAACCUGACGCAGCAGCACGAGGAGGCCCUGCUGCGCGCCGAGAACGACAAGCAGCAGGCCCUGCUUCUGGCCCAGCACGACCACCAGGCGCUGCAGGAGAAGCUGGAGUGCGUGCGCCGCGAGCUGGAGGAGGAGCGCGGCGUGCUGGACCGCGUGCGCAGGGAGGCGGCGGCGCGCGCCGAGCAGGACCGCGCCACGCUCAACCAGCUGCGCGACGAGCUGGCGCGCGUGCACACGCGCCUCGAGGACUUCAAGUGCAAGGCCGAGGAGGACCGCGCACGCUUCGACGGCCGCGCCGACGAGCUGCUGCGCGAGCGUGACGUGUCGCAGCAGGAGAGCGAGGAGCUCAAGGUGCAGCUCAGCCUGAGCGAGGACCGCGUGGACCAGGUGCAGGCGCAGCUGCAGGAGACGCUGCGCAAGCUCAAGGAGGCGGAGAACGUGAGCGAGAGCCUGCGCAAGGACCUGACGGACGUGCGGCGCCAGCUCGGCGACUGCAGCUUCGAGAAGGACAAGUACUGCAGCACCAACAGGGAGCUGCGCGAGAUCGUGAAGCGCCUGGAGGGCGACAAGCGCGAGGCGGCGCGCGGCCUGGACGAGGCCGUGCAGAAGAUCGCCAUGCUGGAGGACGCCAGGGCCGCCCUCGACGUGGAGCGGUCGCGGCUGCAGGCGCAGGUGCGCGACCUGGAGCACGCCACCCUCACCACGCAGCACAACCUGCAGACCGUGCAGGACGAGCUGGCGCGCACCCAGGCCGCCAACAAGCAGGCCGCCGGCGAGGAGAAGGAGCUGCAGGCGCGCCUUGCCGUCGAGACGGAGGAGCGCGAGCGCGCCACGCAGGAGCUGCACCAGUUGCGGAAGCAGGCCGUGGAGCUGGACGGCGCCCUGGAGCUGACCCGCCAGGAGCUGGGCCGGGUGCGCGGGCGCGCCGAGGAGGAGGGCGAGCGGUGGCGCGCGCGCGAGCAGGAGCUGGUGAUGCGCCUGGAGGACAGCCGCAACCGCGAGCGCAAGCUGGAGGACCAGAAGCACAACCUGGAGGUGUGCCUCGCGGACGCCACCCAGCAGAUCCAGGAGCUCAAGGCUCGCCUGGGCGGCGCCGAGGGCCGCGUGCGCGCGCUGGACCAGCAGCUGCUGCAGCUGGAGGCCGCCAAGAAGGACGUGGAGCAGAAGCUGAGCAGCGUGGGGUCGACGCUGCGCCGCAUCGCCGGCAUCCAGCUGGACGGCAGCGUCAGCCUGCCCUUCCGCCUGCUCAGCCCGUCACGCCGCUGGAGCCCCGCCAGAGUGCAGGAGCACCACGACGGCCGCGGCGACAGCGUGGUUGACGUGGACCCUGAGGUGAUCCGCAAGGGCGUGCGGUCGCUCAUGCAGCAGGUGGCGCAGAUCGAGCGAGAGCGGGACGACCUGAAGGCGCAGGUGACGGCCGCCAAGAAGCAGCUGGCCGAGUCGGCCGAGCACCAGACCAAGGGCGACACGAAGCUGACGACGACGCUGCAGAGCCUGUCGCGGCUGCAGGAGGAGAAGGGCAGCCUGGAGAACCGGCUGGGCCAGAAGCAGGCGGCGCUGCAGGCGCAGGGCGAGGCGCUGCAGCAGCGCUCCGAGGAGGCGGCCGCGCUGCGCGAGCGGCUCACGGCGCUGGAGCUGGCGCUGCACUCGGGGGCCGAGGAGCGCGCCGCGUGCGAGGACAAGCUGGACAAGGUGCGCGCCGCCUGCGGCCGCCUGGAGGCCGAGAAGCGCAGCCUGCAGGAGGAGCUGGGCCGCACCGAGUCGCGCGCCACCAAGCUGGAGCUGCAGCGCAUGGGGCUGGAGGGCGACCUGCAGCGGCUGCAGAUGGUGCUGCAGGAGAAGGACUCCCACCUCGCGAAGCUGCAGGAGCGCUGCGAGCAGCAGGGCCGGCUGGUGGCGAGCCUGGAGGAGCGCUGCGCCUCCAUGAAGAACACCAUCGACCAGCUGAACCUGUCCCUGGAGCGCGCCGCGGCCGGCGAGUCGGAGCUGCGCGCCGAGAUCCAGAGCCUGCAGCGCACGCUCAUCGACACGAGCUCCACGUCGCAGGCCAGCUGCGAGAAGCUGAAGCAGCUGCAGAAGUCGCUGGCCAACAGCGACAACGAGCGGCGCGUGGUGGCCGAGCGCCUCGAGGUGACGCAGCAGCAGCUGGCCGAGCUGCGGCGCGCCAACCAGCAGCUGUCCGACCAGGCCGGCCGCCUGCAGCACGAGCUGGCCAACAACGAGGUGCAGCGCGCCGCGCUCGAGUCGCAGCUGCGCCUCGCCAGCGCCACCACCACCAUGGCGGCCUGGCCCGCCGACCAGCCGCACGCCCCCGACAACAUGCGCGAGGACGAGCUCAACCGGCAGCUCACCACCGCGCACCGCGAGCGCUCCGAGCUGCGCUCCAAGGUGGACUCCCUCGUGGAGAAGGUGCGCUGUCUGGAGACGGAGAAGCGCACCCUGGAGCGGACCCUCACCAAGGGCCACCGCAGCCGCAGCUACGACCGCAACCGCGACGUCAGCGAGAAGGAGCUGGACGCCGCGGACGCCGGCAGCGGCCUGCACCAGGUGGUGGAGCAGGAGAACCGCGAGCUGCGCAUGCGGCUGCGCCGCCUGGAGGCCCAGCUGGCCGAGAAGGAGACGGAGCUGCUGCGCGCGCGGCAGGCGCUGCAGUCGGCGCAGGCCCAGCUGCAGGUGCAGGCGCACCACGGUCACGGCCGGUCGCACAGCCCCGAGCGCGCCGAGCGCGCCGAGCGCGCCGCCGAGCUGGAGCGCGUGCGGGCCGCGCAGCUGCAGGCCGAGCGGCUGCUGGAGGCCCGCGAGCAGUCGCACCGCCAGCAGGUGCUGCGCCUCGAGAACCAGAUCCAACUGCUGCGGGAGCAGCUGGCGCAGGAGGUGAAGCGGCGCCAGCUGUACGUGCUGCGCAGCUCGCGGGCCGGCAGGGAGAUGCAGCACCUGCGGCAGGCGCUGGGCGACUCGCUGCGCACCGUGUCGCAGGACCCGGCGCUGGACGCGCUGCUGCUGGAGCACGAGGCCCGCAAGCUGGACAACUCCCUGGCCACCGCCACCUCACCCGCGCCGCCCAAGUGAAGCGACUGGAACCGCAUCACGCUACCAUCCCCGUUCUAGGGGAGGGCGUGGGAACGUUUUCUUUCUUUAUACGUACCUUGUACUUGGUUUCCAAUUCACAUAUUUUCAAAAAAAAAAAAAAAAUUGUGUGUGGAAUACUGCCCCCGGAAGCUUUCAGGUCGAGCGGAGUUGAGGGGUGCAGUACUUUUAUUUGGUUGAAAUGGCUGUCAGUGCCAUUCUAAUUUUGAAGAGUGAUGUCCGCUCGGAAGGGAGGCACCCGCUCGACGCUGUCACCCGAUCUGAGGCAGUGCUUGUCUCGUGGGCACCGAGUUUCAGUUCCAACGCUCGUGAUCGUUGUUUAUGAUCUCAAGAAAAUAGGCGAUCAACAAAAAGUACCUCUAUUGAUCUCUGCAGCCUGGCUGCAGUGGGCAUGGGCAUGGGAGUCCUAUCUCAGAAAUCGCACAAACCCUCCACACCAGAAAUUUAGCAGUUUAAAAACAAUCUUUUAUUAUUAUUGUUGAUUUUGUUUUGUUUUGUUAUCAAGUUUAUGAUGUUUUGUUUACAAUUAUGGUAUUUUCUACAAAGUUUCUAGUCAUAUGUUUUAAGAUUUGAACUAAAUGGUAUCUUGAACUUUGUAUCAAGUUGGAUUUAAAAUCUACCUAAGCUGUGUUGAAUGAAACAGCUUCUUUCAUAUCAUGUCAUUUUGAGUUUUUGAUAUAAAAAAUAUUGCCUUAUGCUACCCUGUUACCACAUUUAAGUAUUUAGCUGUCACUUUGCAGAAGAACUUUUCAUUUAGGAAUAUACUGUAAUGCCUGCCAGUUUUUAGAAACUCCUUCAAUAUUUAUUUUGUAAUUUAUAUUUUUGAACAAACACAAAGCACACCUAUCAUUUGUAGUGAAUUUUAUUUUUAUUGCAAAAGAAAAAAAAAGAAUACCUUUAAUCAAUGUACCUUGAAUGUGCAAGUGUGCAUGUGUGAUAAAGCUCAUCUGAGCAUUUUGGAUGCUCAGUGCAACUUUGUUCCUGGGCUCGUGCCAUUUUAUUGUCAUUACGGAUGUGCCUUAAGUCAAAUUUCAUUCUCAUUUGUACAUAUGAUUGUAUGAUGAAAUUGUAUAUUCCUCCACCCCUCUAUUCUUUUAUGUGAAUCUCUUUUGAAGAGGAAAUUGGUAUCCAUAUGUUUUGGGAACCUUUCUUGAAAGCGGUCUAAAGACUUAAACCACGAACAAGACUUUUUAUUUCAUUUUCUGUGUUUAUUUAAUAGUUUGAAUAGGACUUUUUCAAUAUGCCUUUCUUUAAAAGUUUUGACCAAUUAUCUGGGGAUGCACAAGGUGUAAGAAAUAUGUUGUGUGACUUGCUGCAGGUGAGGCACGAACUCAUACUGCAUCACAAGUCUAGAAAGAUUAGGUUGGAGCUUGUGUCGUGUUCUCUAGCCUGUCACUAGCUGAGGGGCCAUGUGGUAGAACCACGGUUACGUUGAACAGUGCAUCAUUAAUUUAUGAAAAUACUCCAAGAAAAGGCCUUUAACUUAAAUGAGAUAUGUAAGCAAUAUCAUUUUCUUUUAAGGAUAACAAAACACUGCCGCCUCCAAAUUCCCUGUCUUUGGUGUUCUCAAACAUGGAACUAACUUAGCAGCUUAAGAUAUUUGGAAGUAUUCAAGCAUAGAUCUUCAAUACACUUUGGUCAACAAAGUGAAUUGAAAUGAAUGUCAAUUUAGCUGUAAAUCUUGGCUGCAACCUGGAAACUUAACUGUUACAAAGUAUCGAUCCAUAUAUGGCUUUUUGUAGAAAAGUCUGUUACUGCCAAUUGAUAUGAUUGAGAGCCAGAAAUGCAAGCAUAGAUGGUGUUAUUAGCUUCCAACAUACAUAGUUAUACAGUAUCUUCUUUUCUUUUCUUGGCAGUGCAUCACAGCCUGUAGAAAUUGUCACAAUUAGCUCCUCAUACUUUUUUGGGAUUUGAUUGUUGUAGAGUGUAUUUUAUACCAUUCCUUCCUAGAUCACAGUAAUAUCAAAUAGAAAUAAUGUAAGAAACAGUAACAGCAAAUCUGUAGCCUCUCUAUGAGGGACUACUAGGUGUGUUUGUAUUGAUUAUUUGGCUAUACUUAGGUAGUUUUGACUAGACUCCUGUACGGAAUAAAUUUAUAUAUUGAAAAAACAUUAUUAAAAAUUAAUUUUUUCUCACAGUA